AUGGGUCAGCAAACCCGUCGUGAAUUCUAUUCUGGCCCAUUGCCUUCAACCGCAUUUCAUAAAGAUUAUAAUAAUUAUCAUUAUCGUCACUAUCAUAAUGACCAACGCCUCUUUGAUCUUGUUGCUAAGGAUGAGAGUAAUAAUGACCUAGUUGCUCCCUUCGGCAAGAUUGAGAAUUUAGGUCAAGAUGACAUUAGGGAAACAGCCUAUGAGAUCUUUUUCAUGGCAUGUCGAUCAUCUCCGGGAUUCGGAGUUCGACAUGUGCACACAUUUCAUUCGAAUAACCAUGAGAAUGAGUCAAGGCCAGGCCAAGUAGUGAUGUCACCGACGAGUAAGGUGAAGCGGGCUUUAGGGUUGAAGAUGUUGAAAAGGUCACCAUCGAGGAGAAUGGUGUCGGGCGGUAGUGGCGGUUCGCCGUCGUCGAUGGGCAGUGGAAGUAGCCCUUUCCAUCACACGAUGCCACCGUUAAGGCCGCGGCGACCGAUGACUUCCGCAGAGAUCAUGAGACAACAAAUGAGAGUGACUGAACACAACGAUAAUCGACUGAGGAAAACCCUCAUGAGGACUCUUGUUGGCCAAGCAGGAAGAAGAGCCGAAACUAUCAUUCUUCCUUUAGAACUUUUGCGGCACCUAAAGGCAGCAGAAUUCAGUGAUUCCCAUGAGUACCAUAUGUGGCAAAAGAGGCAACUCAAAGUCCUUGAAGUAGGGCUCUUAACGCACCCUUCAAUCCCUAUAGAAAAGAGCAAUACCUUUGCCAUGCGCCUUAGGGACAUCAUUCGUGGUGGUGAGUCAAAGGCUAUAGAUAAUGGCAAAAACUCUGACACCUUGAGAACCCUUUCCAACUCUGUUGUUUCCUUGGCAUGGAGAAGUUCUAAUGGGACCCCCACUGAUGUUUGCCAUUGGGCUGAUGGAUUCCCUUUGAACAUUCACUUCUAUACUUCUCUUCUUCAAGCCAUUUUUGACAACAGGGAUGACACAUUAGUCCUUGAUGAGGUUGAUGAGUUACUUGAGUUGAUGAAAAAGACAUGGUCCAUAUUAAGAAUCACUAAGCCAAUUCACAAUUUGUGCUUCACUUGGGUGUUGUUUCAACAGUAUGUAGUAACUGGGCAGAUAGAAUCAGACCUUCUCUAUGCCUCACAUGCCAUGUUGACUGAGGUGGCCAAUGAUGCUAAGAAAGAAAAAGAUUCCUUCUAUGUCAAAUUGUUGACAUCAGUGUUGAGUUCAAUGCAAGGGUGGGCUGAGAAGAGAUUGAUUGAUUAUCAUGAACAUUUCCAAAGAGGGACUAUUGGUCAGUUUGAAAAUGUUCUUCCAGUGGUGUUGUCAGUCUCAAAUAUUUUAGGUGAAGAUCUCAUAAUAUCUGAUGAUGGAGAAGGGGGAGAAAAAGGAGAUAUAACCAUAGUAGACUCGUCUGGGGAUAGAGUUAAUUAUUAUAUUCGAUCUACCAUGAAAAGUGCAUUUGAAAAGGUAAUUGAGGCAGUGAAUGCCAAGGUUUCUGAAUUACAAAUGAAGGGAGAAUUAAAUGAAAUCCUGCUUCACUUAGCUCAGGAGACAGAAAAUUUGGCAUUGAAGGAGAGAGAGAAUUUUACUGCAAUGCUAAAGAAAUGGUACCCAGCGGCAGGUGCAGUUGCAGCUUUGAUGUUGCACAACUGCUAUGGGCAUGUGCUAAGGCAGUAUUUGAGUGAAGUAACCUCAUUGACUCAUGAGACAGUUGAGGUGUUGCAAAGGGCUGAAAAGCUAGAAAAGGUUUUGCUUCAAAUGGUAGUUGAAAACUCAGUUGACGGUGAGGAUAAUGGCAAUACAGUUUUGAGAGAGAUGGUUCCCUAUGAAGUUGAUUCAAUCAUAUUGAACCUCUUGAAGAAAUGGAUUAAUGAAUCAUUGCACAAAGGCAAAGAAUGUUUACAAAGAGGAAAAGAAACUGAAACUUGGAAUCCAAAGUCCAAAUCAGAGCCAUAUGCACAAUCAGCCGCAGAUCUAAUGAAAUUCGCCAAGACAACUGUGGACCAAUUCUUCCAAAUUCCAAUAGGAAUAAAUGAAGAAACAAUUCACUAUCUUGCUGAUGGAUUAGAAAGUCUCUUCCAAGACUACAUGAUGUUCGUUGCAGCAUGUGGUACAAAACAGAGCUAUAUUCCUUCACUUCCCCCGUUGACAAGGUGCAAUAGGGAUUCAAAGUUCAUCAAGCUAUGGAAGAAAGCUAGCCCCUGUGGUGGUAGCCUCUCAGAGCUAGAACACAUAAAUGGAACAACUGAAGGUCACAACCCUCGGCCAUCAACUAGCCGUGGCACGCAACGCCUCUACAUUCGUCUCAACACCUUACACUACCUCCUUUCUCACAUCCAAACACUUGAGAAAUCGCUCAUUCAAAUCCCAAGUGUGGUUCCUUCAAACCGUCACCGUUUUGCAAACAACAACAACACCUACUUUGAAAUUGUCAACUCCUCCAUUCCUGCAGCAUGUCAACAUGUCUCAGAAGUUGCAGCAUAUCGUCUCAUAUUCCUUGACUCAAAUUCAGUCUUCUAUGACAGCCUCUAUGUUGGUGAUGUUGCCAAUGCGCGUAUUCGUCCAGCAUUGAGAAUCCUGAAGCAGAACAUGACACUAAUGACUACACUUUUAGCGGAUAGAGCUCAGGCACUUGCAAUGAAAGAAGUAAUGAAGGCCUCAUUCGAUGCAUUCCUCAUGGUUUUGCUUGCAGGUGGGAGCUCAAGAGUGUUUAACAGGUCUGAUCAUGUUAUGAUCCAAGAGGAUUUUGAGAGUUUGAAUAGAGUUUUCUGCACAUGUGGUGAAGGACUAAUAGCAGAAAAUGUGGUUGAAAGAGAGGCUGCAGUGGUGGAGGGUGUCAUUGCAUUGAUGGGACAAAGUACAGAACAAUUGAUGGAAGAUUUUAGCGUUGUCACAUGUGAGACAAGUGGGAUUGCAAUCAUGGGCAAUGGCCAAAAGUUGCCUAUGCCUCCUACCACAGGAAGGUGGAAUAGGUCAGACCCAAACACAAUAUUGAGGGUGUUGUGUCAUAGAAAUGACAGAGCGGCAAAUCAUUUCUUAAAGAGGACAUUCCAAUUAGCAAAGAGGAGAUGA